AGAAAUUAUACCCUUCUAUAUUGCGACGGAUGGGGACAAUCUACUGGAGUUUUCGGGAAACUUUGUGUCGUUUUAUCCAUCAAUAAAACCAGAUCGAAUGCGUCAAUAUAAUCACAAAGAAAAAUUAAUCGGAUCCAGUUCGCCUGAUGAAGAUAUGGUUGGCUGCGACCAACUCGAUGACAUGAAAGUUGUGGAUUUCCUCGGCUCGGGCUAUACGAAAACUGUCGUCAAAGUGGACUUGCCAGAUGGAUUAUCAAUUGCACUAAAAUCUAUCAACGACCAAGGCACUGACAUGAGAAAAUGUCUUGAGGAGUUUAAAGAUCAUGUGGGCUGCCACGAACUUGUGUCGUUCAAACUGAAGAAAGAAAUAGUCCUCUUGCAGAGAUUACAGCAUCCAAACAUUGUAAAGCUCAAAGGUCACUGUCGGGAUAGAACACCAGCGGGAGGGAUCACUGCCAUCCUGGAACAGGGGACUCCUCUACAGAUGAUUCAACUCCUGCAGAGUCCCUGGGAAGAGCGCUUUCGGGUGUGUCUAGGUGUGGUGCGGCUGCUGCACUACCUGUCCCAGUCUCCCCUGGGCUCGGUGGCCCUGCUGGACUUCCAGCCGCGGCAGUUUGUGAUGGUGGACGGCGAGCUGAAGCUCACCGACCUGGACGACGCCACCGCCAGGGAGCCCCUCUGCCGCACGGACGCAGACUGCUUCCUCCAGUUCCCCCUGCGCAACUUCAGCGGCCGCUGCUCCGAGCAGGGGCGUUGCGAGGGCAUGAACGAGAUGCGGAACCUCUACAAUGCCCACAGGUAUUUCUUCCUUUACCUUCUACCUCACCAAGCUCCACCUACACUAAGGCCCCUUGUUGAUCAGAUUAUGAAUUCAACAGCUGAAUUAAGAAACGACAUCAACGGCACACUGGAGGCCUUUGAAGAGGUUUUCCACAUCUUCAAGUCUGGGCUCCACCUUGAGAACUUGCCUCCAACAUUAAUCAGGGAGUACACCUCCAUGCGCGGCGUGAGCAGCGGGGGGAAUGUGGACUACCGAUGCUGGCCCUCGUACAGCCAGCAGGGCUGCGUUCUGUCCGUGCACAGCGCCAAGGAGGCGGCCGCCAUCUGCCACUCCCACCCCCAGUGCUCCAGCUUCUCGCUCAGGGACCAGAGGACCUGGACAGGACGUCUACUCGCCACGUUUCGGAGCGGCUUCAGCCAUCUUGUUCCAGAUGUGCACUCGGUGGUGUACGUACGAAAGACCAAGGCCAGCCUGGGAGGAGGCCCACAGUAGAGGACCCACGUGACGUCUCAAGAGAGGGGCUGAACGGAACAGAGGAGACCGGGCUUUGGCUGUGUACUGGUUAAAGGAUGGAAGAGGAGAGAGGUGGAGGUGGUGGUGUAUGUAUGUGUGUGUGUUUAUGUGAGCGUAUGUGUGUGCAUGUAUGUGUGUUUUUGUGAGUGUGUGUGUGUGUGUUUGUGUAGAGAGGGGGAUGGUGAUGUUGUCAGAAGCACAUGAAUGUAAUGGAUUUAUAGGGAUUUGCAUUCGGCAGUCAUUUGAUCUGACUGCCAAUCCCAGUGUGCUGCCUGGGUGCAUUUAAAUGGGAUUUCCCUUUAGGUAUAAUUACCCCCCUUGCCUACACAUUCACACACACACACACACACACACACACACACACACACUCUCACACACACGCAUGCCUCCACUACCACCACCCUCAUGUUAUCCUUCUCCGUAGAAGGUGAAGACGUGGGGAAAACACCUCUCUCUGUGUCUUAUUUCCUCUGAGCACUCGUACGGCUCACGUCCUACAGACAGGCCCACUGAGCUCACUCACUCACUCACUCACCCGCUGGUGGCUGGGUGUCUGUGAGAGAACAAAACAAGAACAGGAAGAAAAGAAGAAGAAGAAGAAGAAGAGCAACAACAAAAAUAACAGCAAAAAAAGAGAAAGAAAAACAAAAACACAAGCGCUUACCCCAACAGACUUUAAUCUUAAUUGGCUGAGAAGCUGUGCAGCUCAGUGGAGGCUGGGUCAGUGCUGGAGAAGCGACGAAGAGCGCUGUCCUCUGAGCAGGCCGAAAAAAAAUUAAAUUAAAAAAAGUCUAAUCUGUGGUGCUCAGCACCACAUACAGGACCAAUCACCUGUGACGUUAAUGUAAAAAAUGUGUUAAUAGGGGAAAAAAAGAACAACAACAGAAAUGUCACGGUUCACUUGACGACUUCGUGCUGAGAUGCCUGAGGGCGGGCAUACACAUCUACUUAAAGAGAAGCCUCAGCCAGCUUCAGGCAAAGUCUCCCUAAUUAGGUCCACUCCACUGUGUAAAAGCCUUUCGGUCGAAAGACUCUGAUUUGAGUAGAGAUCUGUGUGUGAGAUAGAGUUUUUGCUGAGACUUGCUUUUUAGAUAGCUGGGGAAAAAAGAUGUUAAAACUGAAAAGCCAUUUGGGAUAAGAGGAGCAUGCUCAUUCUAGUGAGAUGUUACGGCAGUGGUUGUGUAAGUGGCUGUGGAGAUAUUCACCCCAUGGGUGUAAAGACUGUAAUAAAGAGAUCCUCAUAAAGAGAUUCUGUGAAUCUGUGAGCAUCGGGAUCAUAAGUUGUCAAACAGACGUGUUACAGCUCUGUAACAGCAUCAUGACCAUAAUGUUUUAUAUAAUAAAUUGAUCCAUAUGCAUCCAAGUUUUUUUUGCAUUUGAUUUUGUGAAAUGCACGUUAGUUUUAGAGUUGACAUUCCAUGGUAUUGCUGCUUUUUGUCUA